CCCCUGAAGCCGUAGGGCUUCCCAGGACUCCUCUCCGGGCUGCAGAGGACAGAGCGCAGAAGUGAGCACGUCCAGAGCCUGGCGGGGAUGUACCGAGUCCUGGGAUUCCCGAAAGCUAGAGCCAGAGCCGAGAGCCCCAGUUGGCUCGCGCGAGGCUCGUGGUCAGCGCUGCCCCGGCUGCUGCCGCUGCUGUUUCUACAUACACUCCUAUGGGCCAGAGGGAGCUCCUGGAAGCUCACCAUCCUGCACACCAAUGACCUGCACAGCCGGCUCGAGCAGACGAGCGACGACUCUGGCAAAUGCAUGGUCGUUCCGAAGUGCGUGGGCGGCGUGGCCCGCAUGUACACCAAGAUCCAGGAGAUCCGCCGAGCCGAGCCCAACGUGCUGCUACUGGAUGCCGGGGACCAGUACCAGGGAACUGUCUGGUUCACCGUGUACAAGGGAGCCGAGGUGGCUCAUUUCAUGAAUGCCUUGGGUUACGACGCUAUGGCCCUGGGAAACCAUGAAUUUGAUAAUGGAGUGGAGGGACUGUUGAAUCCAUUACUUAAGGAAGUCAAGUUUCCAGUUCUCAGUGCUAAUAUUAAAGCCAAGGAACCACUUGCAUCUCAAAUAUCUGGAUAUUAUCUUCCAUACAAAAUUCUGAAUGUUGGUCGAGAGAAAGUGGGAAUCGUUGGGUAUACCUCCAAGGAGACCCCUGUCCUUUCAAAACCAGGAAGAUAUUUGGUAUUUGAGGAUGAAAUCCCUUCCUUGCAGACCCAAGUGGAUAAGCUGAAAACGAAUGGAGUGAACAAAAUUAUUGCCUUGGGCCACUCAGGUUUUGAAAUGGAUAAACUCAUUGCUCAAAAGGUGAAAGGUGUGGAUGUCGUAGUGGGAGGACACACAAACACGUUUCUCUAUACAGGCCGUCCUCCUCCAUCCAAGGAAGUGCCUGCUGGUGACUAUCCAUUUAUUGUCACAGCUGAUGAUGGGCGAAAGGUCCCAGUUGUUCAAGCUUAUGCAUUUGGAAAAUAUCUCGGGUACCUAAAUGUUGAAUUUGACAAUGAAGGAAAUGUAGCUACAUCGCAUGGAAAUCCUAUCCUCCUAAACAGCAGCAUUCAAGAAGAUCCAGCCAUAAAAGGAGAAAUCGACAGGUGGAGGGUAAAACUGGACAAUUAUUCUAAGCAGGAGUUAGGGAAAACCAUUGUUUACCUGAAUGGCUCCACACAAUCCUGCCGUUUUAGGGAAUGCAACAUGGGGAAUUUGAUUUGUGAUGCUAUGAUUAACAACAACCUUAGACAUCCUGAUGAAAUGACUUGGAACCAUGUUUCCAUGUGCAUCCUGAACUCAGGAGGCAUUCGAGCCCCCAUUGAUGAACAGAACAAUGGUACAAUCACAUGGGAAAACCUAGCGGCAGUCUUGCCCUUUGGGGGCACUUUUGACCUAAUUGAGUUAAAAGGCUCCACUUUGAAAAAGGCCUUUGAGCACAGCGUGCAUCGCUAUGGCCAAUCCUCUGGAGAGUUCCUGCAGGUGGGCGGUAUCCAUGUAGUAUAUGAUCUGAAACAAAGCCCUGGGCAUAGAGUGACCAGUAUAGAUGUUCUUUGUACCAAGUGUCGAGUGCCAACUUAUGUGCCUCUCCAAAUGGAUGAAGUCUACAAGAUUGUCCUCCCAAACUUUCUUGCCGAAGGAGGGGAUGGAUUCCAAAUGAUUAAAGAUGAAUGCUUGAAGCACGAUUCCGGUGACCAAGAUAUUAAUGUAGUUUCUGAAUAUAUCAACAAAAUGAGGGUGGUUUAUCCAGCAGUUGAAGGCCGGAUCAAAUUUUCUUCAGGCAGUCACCUCCAAGCAAACCUCUUCAUCAUCUCCCUCACAUUUUUGGCACUGAGUUUGGUUCUUUACCAGUAACUAAGUUUUUUCAUGAAAUUUAUAGGAGUGGGGAGAAAAAAUGAUUGCUCUGCAAGUGUUAAAAAAUUUAGACAGUGGUUAAGGUUCUGAUUUGUGCUCAGUUACCUACCAUUAUGAAAGCACAUAGGUCUCCUUGAAGCUAAUGAAGCUUCCUGAAUAUUAGGGGGGGAGGGGCGGGGCAGGGGGCAGGAAAGGACUGAAAAGCAGUGGAUAAACAAGAAAAACACAAGACAAUAAGGGUCCCACACUAAGGUUACUGAACUUUAUAGUUUUUAUGCCUUAGGAUUCAAUGAGCAACAAAAUAGCAAGAAAUACUAAGUUAGUAUAACUUCCCAGGCAGUUUAAAAAAUAUAGAUAUUUUAAGUCAAGUAAAAACCACCCCCGUUUCUUGGCCCAAGCCAGGAUGUCACUUCCAGAAGUGCAGAUAACUUCAGAGAGAUGCUUCUCUCAUCAGCACCAUCAGUUGGUCUGUCUAGGACACUGAGAACAUCGUUUUUGAGCCAUCCUUAUUCAGUGCCCUUAGUGCUUGAAGCAGGUAGUGGGUAUCCUGUCCAGUUAAUGUGAUGCAAGUUCCAGGACAAUAUUUUCCUUUUUUAAAAAAAAGACUUUGGAUUGGAGCGGCAGUGUGGUAUAGUGAAUAUCCUUGGAGUCAGGAAGAACUGACUUCAAGUCCCACCAGUGACAUGCUUGGUUAUGUGACCACCAGCAAGUUAUUUAACUUCCCAGUGCUCUGAGCAGAUUCCUAAAAUUUUAAAGUCCAUUCUGUUUUCAUAGAGGGAGUUUUCACACCAGGAUUUCCUAGUGUGGAAAAUUUGGACUUUGUUUUUUUAAAAACUUUUCA